GAGAAAGCCAAAGUAAAAAACAAAGAAGGGGCUGUUCUGUGUGUGUAUUCAAUUUCCGCCAUUCAACUCGUUUUCAAUGACUUCCAGUCUUAUCUCUCAUCUCUCAGCAUCUUCGCAGAAACCUUCCUGUUGUUUCAUAUCAUUUUGCUUUCUUUUACCUAUUUGAAUGUUUCUUCUGCUCUCUCUGUGGUCAUAACAAGCUCAAGUUCUCUUCAAUACUUGUCAUAUCCAAUAGCCAUCUUCUUCAUUCUCCUUCAACUUAAAUCUGCAAGCUCUGCUAAGUUUUAGAGACUAUACGGAGGUGUUACUACAUUUCGUGACAAUUCUUGGAACCAACUGCUUUCUUUUCCUUCAGUAGCUCCUCAAUUGACAGCACUGCCAUGAGUAAUCUGAAGCUAGGGGUAGAGGUUGUGAGCGCCCAUGAUCUCAUGCCUAAGGAUGGUGAGGGCUCGUCCAAUCCCUUUGUAGAGCUCCAUUUUGAUGGUCAGAAAUUCCGCACCACCAUUAAAGAGAAAGAUCUCAAUCCUGUUUGGGAUGAAAGUUUCUACUUCAACAUCUCCAAUCCAAACAACCUACCAAACCUCACUCUUGAUGCCUAUAUAUAUAGCCAAAAUAAAACAACAAACAACAAAGCCUUUCUUGGAAAAGUUCGCCUUACUGGAACAUCAUUUGUACCCUAUUCAGAUGCUGUUGUUUUGCACUAUCCUCUGGAGAAACGUGCUGUCUUAUCUCGUGUAAAAGGUGAGCUUGGUUUGAAAGUUUUUGUGACUGAUGACCCAUCAAUCAAAUCUUCAAACCCGCUUCCUGCAAUCGAAUCCACAAUGAUUACAGAUUCACGGUCAGCUGAACCUGAAGUACGAUCACGGAUUCCAUUCUCAGUCCGAAACAUUUUUUCUAGUGACAAAACUGAGAAAAGACACACAUUUCAACAUCUUCCAAACCCGAAUGUAUCGCAACAACCUCAACAUUCUGCCCCACCAGUAACGCAGCCAACAAUGAAUUAUGGGGCUUAUGAGAUGAGAUCUGAACCACAGGCUCCUAGAAUUAUGAAUGUGUUUCCUGGGUUAUCAUCACAACCACCUGAUUAUGCACUUAAAGAAACGAGUCCUGUCCUUGGAGGUGGUCGAGUUGUUGGAGGGCGAGUUAUACGUGGUGAUAGACCAGCUAGCACCUAUGAUCUUGUUGAGCAGAUGGGAUACCUUUUUAUACGAGUUGUGAAAGCUCGUGACCUUCCUUCCAAGGACGUGACAGGGAGCCUUGACCCAUAUGUUGAAAUAAAGGCCGGGAACUACAAAGCAAAGACAAAGUACUAUGAGAAGAAGCAAAACCCGGAAUGGAAUGAGGUGUUUGCCUUUGCACGGGACAGGUUGCCGUCAUCUGUGCUGGAAGUUUCCGUCAAGGAUAAGGAUACGCUAAAGGAUGACUUUGUUGGGCUUGUACGGUUUGAUCUGAAUGAGGUUCCCACACGAGUUCCACCUGAUAGUCCAUUGGCCCCAGAAUGGUAUCGCCUCGAAGACAAGAAGGGAGAGAAAACUAAAGGGGAGCUGAUGGUUGCCGUCUGGUAUGGUACACAAGCUGAUGAAGCUUUUCCAGAUGCUUGGCAUUCAGAUGCCAUUACUCCCACUGACAGUGCUUCAAAUGUUUCCACACAUAUCCGUUCAAAAGUUUACCAUUCUCCAAGACUGUGGUAUGGUCGCAUCACUGUGAUUGAAGCACAGGACCUGGUAGUUUCUGAAAAAAAUCGGUUUCCUGAUGCCUAUGUUAGAGUUCAAAUUGGUAAUCAGAUUCUAAAGACAAAAGCUACACAAUCUCGAACUAUGAAUCCAGUCUGGAAUGAGGAAUUGAUGUUUGUUGCUGCUGAACCUUUUGAAGAUCAUCUAAUUCUUUCAGUUGAAGAUCGGGUGGGUUCGAACAAAGAUGAGACCAUUGGGAAGGUUGUUAUACCAUUGAACACUGUUGAGAAGCGUGCUGAUGAUAGACCUAUUCGCCCACGAUGGUACAAUCUUGAAAAGUCCAUGUCAGCUGCCAUGGAUGCAGAUCAGAAAAAGAAAGAUAAGUUUGCUAGUAGACUACAUAUUUGUGUCUGCCUUGAUGGAGGAUACCAUGUUCUUGAUGAGUCCACUCAUUACAGCAGUGAUCUCCGACCAACGGCCAAGCAACUCUGGAAACCAUCUAUAGGUGUCCUUGAACUCGGAAUUCUAAAUGCUGAUGGGCUUCAUCCAAUGAAAACAAGAGAAGGAAAGGGUACAUCAGAUACAUAUUGUGUUGCAAAGUAUGGACACAAAUGGGUUCGUACUCGAACCAUAAUUGGCAGCUUGAGUCCAAAAUACAAUGAGCAGUACACUUGGGAAGUUUUUGAUCCGGCCACAGUUCUUACUGUGGGGGUUUUUGAUAGCAGCCACGUUGGUUCAAAUGGUCACAGAGACAUGAAAAUUGGUAAGGUUCGAAUUCGGAUCUCUACUCUUGAGACUGGUCGUGUUUAUACACACUCUUACCCACUUCUGGUUCUACAUCCCUCUGGUGUCAAGAAGAUGGGUGAAUUGCAUCUGGCUAUACGAUUUUCAUGCACAUCAUUCACGCACAUGAUGUAUCUUUACUCACGACCUCUGUUGCCAAAGAUGCACUAUAUAAAGCCACUAAGUGUAAUGCGGCAGGAUAUGCUGCGUCACCAGGCUGUCAACAUCGUGGCAGCUCGCCUUAGCAGGGCAGAACCUCCUUUGAAAAAGGAAGUAGUUGAAUACAUGUCGGAUGUGGAUUCUCAUCUAUGGAGCAUGAGGCGCAGCAAGGCAAAUUUUUUCCGUCUGAUGUCAGUUUUCUCUGGGUUAAUUGCUGUUGGAAAAUGGUUUGGGGAAGUUUGCAAGUGGAGAAAUCCUAUCACAACGGUGCUAGUACAUGUUCUAUUUGUGAUGCUAGUGUGCUUCCCAGAACUGAUUUUGCCUACUGUGUUUCUGUACAUGUUUCUGAUUGGGCUUUGGAAUUAUCGAAUUCGACCAAGAAAUCCUCCUCACAUGAACACAAGACUUUCUCAUGCAGAUGCAGUGCACCCGGAUGAGCUAGCUGAGGAAUUUGAUACCUUUCCUACAACGCAAAGUCCAGAUAUAGUUAGGAUGAGGUAUGACAGGUUGAGGAGUGUGGCUGGGAGGAUACAGACUGUGGUUGGCGAUGUGGCUGCUCAAGGAGAGCGGAUUCAGGCACUGUUGAGUUGGCGUGAUCCUCGUGCAACGACCAUAUUUGUGAUAUUCUGUCUGUUGGCUGCAGUUGUGUUGUAUGUGACACCUUUCCAGGUGUUUGCUCUUCUAGGUGGGUUUUAUGUUAUGAGGCAUCCCAGGCUCCGGCAUAGGACACCCUCUGCACCUAUCAAUUUCUUCCGACGCCUUCCAGCAAGAACUGAUAGUAUGCUGUGAAAUGUGAAUGCUUCAUAGGGUUCUUCCUGCAUUGUGUCUCUUGCCAAUUCUUCAGUUACUGGCGCUUAUUGUAAAGGUCUGCUGUAAGCUUGUUUUUUUUUUAUUUUUGUUUAGUCGUCAUGCAAGUUGCAACUUAUGUAUACGAGUAUGCAUAUCGUUGAAAUCAGAAGUUACUGUAUAAAAAUCUGGUGUUCUACAACGAAAUUAACGCUGGAAUUGAAUACCAUUGUUGAUCCA